AAAUUGGAAGAGAAAAAAAAAAUGAAGGGAAGAGUGUGGCAUCCAUUAUUGAAAGGAGGAAGGGGGAGAGAAAAUGGGUAUAGCCAUGGCUUGUCUUCUUCUCAGAUUGAAGCAUUAUCUUCUAUCUGUGAAGCUCUAAUUCCACCUCUUCCACCUCCUGAGCAUGAUGAGAAGAGCUCUGAAGCAAUUCGUCUCUUCUAUGCUAGUUCUGCCUCCCAGUCACCAUUGCCUGAUGAGAGUGCAGAGAUGUUGGUGAAACAGUGCUUACCUGAAGCAGUGGUGGUGCUGAGAUUAGUUCUGAUGAUGUUGUCAACAAGAUUGGGGAGUCUUGUGCUUUGUGGGCGUGUUUGCUUUGAUGGAAGAUGGCCUUUCAUUCUUAAGUUCUCAGAACUAGGCUUGCACCAAAGAGAAGCCAUUCUCCAGAAAUGGUCAAGGGAAACUCUUCUUCUUCCACUCAGAGUUGCCUUCUUGUUGAUUAAAAUGGCCUGCAUUUACACAUUUCUCUCCUGGACUGAUGAAAGUUGUAACAAUCCGGCAUGGGAAGCAAUUGGGUACCAUGUAGACACCAAACAAGUCCAAGUCCAGAGGGAAAGACCACUUGAAAAGGGUAUUAUUGAGACAGCAGACCACACUGAUGUUAGCCUGAAGGAAUCCCUGAUCAAGAAAGGCCUAAAUGUGGCCGAGGAUCCAAAGGAAGACAUCCUCAGAAUCAGAUGUGAUGUUGUGGUUGUUGGUUCUGGUUGUGGAGGAGGAGUAGCGGCGGCAGUCCUGGCGAACUCAGGCCACAAAGUGGUGGUGCUGGAGAAAGGCCACUACUUUGUGGCCGAGGAUUAUUCGGGCCUCGAGGGACCUUCCAUGAAUGAAAUGUAUGAAUCAGGUGGAAUGUUAACUACCUCGGAUGGGAAAGUUGUAAUCCAGGCUGGAACGACGCUUGGUGGUGGUUCGGCUAUAAAUUGGUCAGCCUCGAUUAGGACUCCCAGUGGUGUCCUCAAGGAGUGGUGUUUGGAACAUAAGAUUCCAAUGUUUGGGAGCACAGAAUAUGAGUCAGCUAUGGAUUUUGUGUGUAAAAGGAUUGGUGUCACUGAGAAUUGCACCAAAGAAGGCCUUCAGAAUCAGGUUUUGAGAAAAGGGUGUGAAAGCCUUGGCUUGAAGGUUGAGGCAAUUCCAAGGAAUUGUUCAGAGAAUCAUUACUGUGGGUCUUGUGGGUUUGGCUGCAAAACAGGUGAGAAAAUGGGGACUGAUUCGACUUGGCUUGUCGAUGCUGUUAACAAGGGCGCAGUUAUCUUGACGGGCUGCAAAGCGGAGAAGUUUAUAGUAGAAGAUGGGAGAGGGAGAUGCUUGGGAGUGAAAGCCACUAGUGAAAGCAAAAACAUCAGAAAGAAGCUUUAUAUUGAGGCUAAGGCCACAGUUUCGGCUUGUGGGUCUCUAAUGACACCGCCUUUGUUGAUUUCGAGUGGAUUGAAGAACAGAAACAUCGGAAACAACCUCCAUCUGCAUCCUGUUCUUCUGGCAUGGGGAUACUUCCCGGAAUCCCUGUCAGGACUCGAAGGCAAAAACCACGAGGGAGGAAUACUAACCUCUCUCCACAAGGUGGAGUCCGAGUCUGAGUCAGAAGACGACGAAACCAAACCAAAAGCCAUUGUAGAAGCAGCAGCCUUGGGUCCCGGUUCAUUAGCGGGCUUCUUCCCAUGGACUUCAGGCCGGGAAAUGAAGGAAAGUAUGAGGAAGUACUCGAGAACAGUGACGUUACUUUCACUGGUGAGAGACGAGGGCCGCGGGGAAGUGAAGAAGGCAGGGCGGAUCAAGUACGAACUGAGCGUUGCAGACAGAGAGAAUCUGAAACUCGGUUUAAGACGAGUGUUGAGGAUAUUGGUCGCGGCUGGGGCGAGUGAAGUAGGCACAUUCCGGAGCGACGGGCAGAAACUGAGCUGCAAAGGAAUGAAGAAUGAGGAUUUGGAGGAGUUUCUGGGCACGAUAUGUGCAGAAGAAGGUCCAAGCAGUGGAGAAGAAGUGUGGAGUAUGUACUGUUCAGCACACCAGAUGGGUAGCUGCAGAAUGGGGGCUAGUGAGAAAGACGGGGCGGUUGACGAGAACGGUGAGUGUUGGGAAGCAAAGGGACUGUAUGUAUGUGAUGGAAGUGUGCUUCCUAGUGCAGUUGGUGUGAAUCCAAUGAUCACUAUUCAAUCAACUGCAUAUUGCAUCUCAAACAGGAUCUCAGACAGGCUUAAUAAUGAAAAGAGCCUUUAGAGUUUAGAGUUUAGGCUAAUUGCUUCAGUCUGAAGACUUAAUAAGUACUAUUAUUAUUAUUAUUAUUAUUAUUAUUAUUGCAAGAAUAAGAACUUGGCAAUUGUAUGUUGAAGAA